UAGCGGAAGUUGAGAUUGAGAGAAGGCGCGAAAUUAUCACGUUUUUCUUUGCUUUGCACGUAUUUUGCUUGGGCUAAAUUAUGGACAAUCCGGGCCCUAGCUGGUCAUCAGACAAAGACAGGAUGGAAGCCUCCGUGUCUGCUCUGAACAUGAUUGCACAGGGAAAGCGCAACAUGGUUUGUGGGGAAGUACCAACAGCUGUGAAUCAGUUCCAGGAGGCCUGUAAAGUUCUUUCUAAAUCAUAUGGAGAAACUGCCAAAGAAUGUGCAGAUGCUUACUAUCAGUAUGGACGAGCUCUUCUGGACCUGGCCAGGAUGGAAACUGGAGUAUUGGGCAACGCUCUACAAGGAGUACCAGAGGAAGAAGAUGGAGAGAAAAGUGCUGAUGAACAAUUUGAAAAAGUAGAUAUGGAAGUUGAGGACCGUUACAGACUUAGAGCUGAAGUUGUUGAAGCAAUGUCUGAACAAGAACUUGCUGCUGAAAAGAAAGAGAAAGAAAAGAAUGGAGAGAAGGACGGACAAAAAGAAGAUGAGAAGGCUGCUGAGAAAAGUGAUAUCAAGAGUGAAGAUAAAGACAAGGUAAAUGACGAGAAGAAGGAUAAGAAAGCAGAAGUAGAAAUGAAGGAUGAAAAGGAAGUAUCUAUGGAAACAGAUGAUGCAGUUACAAAGGACGAGAAAUCCGCGGAUAAGCAAGAAGAAGAAAAAGAGGAAACAAAAAAGUUUGAUGAAAAGAAAAAGGAUGACAAAAAAGAGAAAGAUGAAGAUAAAUCGGAUGAAAAGAAAAAGUUGGAUGAAAAGAAAAAGGAUGACAAAAAAGAGAAAGAUGAAGAUAAAUCAUCUCAAAAAGGAGGGGAAGAGGCAAAAGACAAGGAAGACACACUGAAAGAUGGAAAGCUUGAGAAGAAAGAGAAAAAAGCUGAAGGUGAAUCUAGUUCUACGAAGAACAGUACAGAGGACGAGGAAGAAGGCGAGGAAGGCACGGAGGAAGAGGGUACAGAGGAAGACGAUGAGAGUGAGGCAGUAGACACAGCAGAGGAAGGCGAUAACUCACAAGAGGAGGGAUCACAGGGAGAGAAAGAUGGGGAGGAAAAUGCUGAUGACGUAUCAAAUCUUCAACUGGCUUGGGAAAUGUUGGAGCUGGCCAAAGUUAUAUAUUUAAAGGACGAGGACAAGGAGGCCAAAUUGAAGGCAGCUGAUGCCUAUCUAAAGCUGGGAGAAGUUAGUCUUGAAACAGAGCAAUAUCCACAAUCCGUAUUGGAUUUCACAGAGUGCCUAAAUAUUCAAACUUCCGUAUUGGAGCCAGAAGAUCGGUCACUGGCAGAAACACAUUAUCAGCUGGGGCUUGCAUACAGCUUCAACAAACAGUAUGACGAGUCGAUAGACAGUUACCGGGCAGCAGUCAAAGUGAUGGAAAGCAAAAUAGAAACGCUAAAGAAGCGAGUAGAAGAGGACAAGUUCCCACCUGCAAAAGAAGGAAGCUUUGAUGAUCCAAAGAAACUCGCAGAACAAGAAAUAAGUGAUCUGAAAGAAAUUUUACCAGACAUUAGAGGCAAGGUAGAUGAGGUAAAUGAGGAACGAAGACAAAUUGAGGAGUUGAAGAAAAUGGCAAAAGAGGGCAUGUCUGUGAUCACUGAAAGUCUGGGAUUGCAGAAACCUGAGGAAAAAGUCAAAGUUGAGCCGAAAAAGCCAGCUACAGACAUCAGUCAUCUGAUUCGCAGAAAGAGGAAGCCGGAUGAAGAGGAAGAGCCAGUCGAAGCAAAGAAAACGCGCCAGGAGAAUGGAUCUGGUGAUGCCCCACCGAAGAUGAAUGGAGUUGAGGGAGACAAAGAUACUAUGGAUGUGGAUGCGAAGAAAGCCGAGAAUGAUGAUGCACCAAAACCCACUGAAGCUGUGGCGUCGUGAGGCGUGUGUGUUGACAGCUAUUUGGAUCUUUCUGGAUUCGACUACAGGAACAAUGUUGUCAUUGAGGAUGAGCAUGUCGUGCACUAAGGCGUAAAGCUCGGACUGGACCAACAUUCAUUUUUGUGAACGAGAAAAGUGUUGUGAUCUGAACUUGUGGUAGCAAUUUGACACUGGUGUCUGCUCGUACUCCUGGGGGGAGGGAGAGGUAAACUUCUCUGAUUUCUGUCGUCAUGUUUCAUAUUUCAUCAUCAGAUUUAUGUUUGUAAAUUUCACCUCGUGUAUAAAGUCUUGUUUCAUGCGACACUGUAUAUUUAAAUAGAUACUUGAUACUUAUGAUUUGUCACCGAUUGCAGCCAAGUCUCAUAUUUCUGAGAAAAUAUGUACUGAAGAGAGGGGGUAUCAUUUGGUAUGACAAAUUAUUGUGGGGAAAAGUUCUAUUUGACGUGGCAUUUACACCAUAGUUUAUUUAUAACUACAUCAAUUUCAUACCUACAAAUCAUGUGCUGACUGAUAAAAUUUUGAAACGAA